AUCGAUUUCAAUGUGCUAACAAUGUCGAUUUGUCGUUUAUGUGCAGCAUCCGAUUCAGAACUUUCGUCGAUUUUCACCCGGAAACAGAUGAGAACCAUCGCCGAUAUGGUGCAGGAAGUAACAUCCGUUGAGGUUCCAAUCGAUGAUCCACACUCCGUCCUGGUUUGUUCAGAUUGCAUCGAAACAACUUUGGUUGCGUUUAAUUUCAUCAAACGAGUUCAGGAAGUGGACCGACAAUUCGAGAACAAACUAAAUCGGAUCGAAAUGGAAGCUGCUGACUUGGUCGAUGUAAAACAGGAUGAUGAAAUGAUAGAAUCCUCAAUUUUCGACGCUGAUGGAGUAGAGCUGAUCGAUCACUCUGCCAGUACGAUGCCAACCCAAAACCUUCUUACCCUGGGCGAUGGAUCUGUUGAGAUUGUGGACGGUGAACCGGACGAGACUGCAAAGGAACUCUUGCAGCUGUUCGUUGAAUCAAUACAGCACACUGAUUCGGACAAAUGGUACAAGCUGAAAUGUGACCGGGAUUUUGCGGAGUUGCUGACGGGGUCUGUGAGAUUUAACGAGGAAGAUGAUCAUUCGGAUGUAGAAAAGGGAUCAAAUCUAGUAAAGAACGAAGAAAGCAUCGCGCGAUGUUGUGACCGGAAAUGUAAGACGACGUUUCAAAGCCAUGCAGAACUAUUUGAGCAUGGAUCAAAAGUUCAUGGAGGUGAUCGACACAAAGCAAGAACUUCAAACCCAUUCAAAUGUUUGAUUUGCUUGCAAUGGUUUGAAACCCGGCGGUCCCUGGUGGGUCACAUGCGCAACCUGAUCGUUGAUUAUCGAUGUCGCACUUGUGACGUGUAUUUCAACACACAACGAGAACGGGAUGCUCAUGUCAAAAAUAGUCAUGAAUUCAAGACAAGUCAACGAUAUAAAAUUGAGGAACAACCAAUCAAAAUUUGCUGUGGUUGUGAGGCCAAAUUUGAAACGAUGGAAGAGCUUAACCAACAUGGCAUCGAUGUCCACAAAACCACGGCAGCCUCAGCGAUCAUCAACAGACUUGACUAUGAUCAAGAGUGCAACAUUUGUUACAAACUCUUCAAAAACAAAAACAGCGUUCGAUAUCACCAAAUCUCAGUGUACAGACUAAAACGAUUUAUCUGCGGAAUUUGCAACAAUCAGUUUGAAACAUCGUCCAAGUUAAACAACCACAAAAGAGUGCACAUCACCGAACGCAAGUUUGUCUGUGAUACCUGUGGCGGAAAGUUCAAAUCAAACUCCGAGCUACGCCUCCACACCAAGUCUCACGAAGAACCACAACUGAUGUGUUCCAGCUGCGGAGCUCGUUUUAGGAAAAGGUCUCAUCUACAAGUACACCUAAAGGUUCACGACGCAAAUGCCUAUGAAUUCACGUGCCACAUCUGUCAGAAGCAGUUUAAGCACAAAUUCACCCUGAAGGAGCACCUUACAAUUCACACCGGCGAGCGGGUGCUCAAAUACGCAUGUCCUCAUUGCUCGAAAAAGUUUCCUCGCAAUCGCGACCUGCAGACGCAUCUGCGAAGGGUUUGCGAAAAGGGUCAAUAAUAAACUUCAUUACAGCUAAAAUCUGCUUUAUUUUUGGCCUUCCUCACCUUACUGAGGAAAGGCUAUAAAAUCACUCGAAAAAUGAACUUCUUAAUUCGACCUCGUAGACCCACCUUCACGUAUACCUAUCGACUCAGAAUCAUGUUCUGAGCAAAUGUCUGUGUGGAUGUGUGUAGGUGGGUGGACAAAAAAUUUGUCACUCGAUUAUCUCCGGACUGGAUGAACGGAUUUUGACCGUAUUAGUCUCAUUCGAUCCGUCUUGGGGUCCCAUAGGUCUCUAUUUAAAAUCAGCAAGUUUAGUUAAGUACUUCAAAAGUUAUGCUAAAAAAACGAUUUUGGCGUAUGUCCGGAAGAUUGUAAAAAGGGUGGUUUUUGCAAGAAACCCUAUCAUGUUAUACAUUUUCAGAAAGGUAUUAAAAAGACCUUUCCAAUGAGCCCAAAACAUUGAAGAUCUGACAACCCUAUCAAAAGUUAUUAGCACUUAAGUGUUAUUUAUACACUUUUUGGAGGCCGGAUCUCAGAUAUUUUAGUAAAAAUGAAGUCCGGGUCCAUCAUGCGACCCAUCGUUAGUUAGAUAAUCGAAAGACCUUUCAAAUGAGCCAAAAACAUCAAGGAUCUGACAACCCUAUCAAAAGUUAUUAGCACUUAAGUGUUAUUUAUACACUUUUUGGAGGCCGGAUCUCAGAUAUUUUAGUAAAAAUGAAGUCCGGGUCCAUCAUGCGACCCAUCGUUAGUUAGAUAAUCGAAAGACCUUUCAAAUGAGCCUAAAACAUCAAGGAUCUGACAACCCUAUCAAAAGUUAUUAGCACUUAAGUGUUAUUUAUACACUUUUUGGAGGCCGGAUCUCAGAUAUUUCAAUGAAAAUGAUGUCCGGGUCCAUCAUGCGACCCAUCGUUAGUUAGAUAAUCGAAAGACCUUUCAAAUGAGCCUAAAACAUCAAGGAUCUGACAACCCUAUCAAAAGUUAUUAGCACUUAAGUGUUAUUUAUACACUUUUUGGAGGCCGGAUCUCAGAUAUUUCAAUGAAAAUGAUGUCCGGGUCCAUCAUGCGACCCAUCGUUAGUUAGAUAAUCGAAAGACCUUUCAAAUGAGCCUAAAACAUCAAAAAUCUGACAACCCUAUGAAAAGAUAUUGGUACUUAAGUGUUAUUUAUACAGUUUUUGGAGGCCGGAUCUCAGAUAUUUUAGUAAAAAUGAAGUCCGGGUCCAUCAUGCGACCCAUCGUUAGUUAGAUAAUCGAAAGACCUUUCAAAUGAGCCUAAAACAUCAAGGAUCUGACAACCCUAUCAAAAGUUAUUGGCACUUAAGUGUUAUUUAUAUACUUUUUGGAGGCCGGAUCUCAGAUAUUGUGAUAAAAAUAUUGUCUGAAUCUUCCAUGUGAACUAUCGUUGGAUAGGUUUUUUUUAUCAGACCUUGCCGAUGAGCCAGAAAAAUUGAAGGUCUGCGAACCCUAUCAAAAGAAAUGAGUAAUAAAGUUGAUUUGUUAAACAUGUUAAGGGAAUGUUGCUAUUUUUACUGAAUGUAUUGACUUUAUGAAUGUGAGGAAGGCACCAACCACCUAAAGGUGGAUUAAGUAACGUUUUUUA